GAUAAGCCGCCGAAGUCCUACCGCCUGAAGAAUAAAAAAAGGUGUUAGCUGGGAUGCGUAACACCGCUGUUCUCGCUUUUCAGGCAACAGCACGAGCUGCGUCCCCUCCUCUUCAUCGGAGUUUCCUGAAGGGUUUUUUACACCACAGGAGAGGAAGGACGGAGGAAUCGUUAUCUAUUUCAUAAUUAUACUUUACAUGUUUUUGGCGGUGUCUAUUGUAUGCGAUGACUACUUCCUGCCUUCUCUAGAGAUCAUUAGCGAAUGCCUUGGCCUCUCUCAGGACGUUGCUGGAGCAACUUUUAUGGCUGCUGGAAGCUCUGCUCCAGAGCUUGUCACUGCUUUUCUAGGAGUCUUCGUCACAAAGGGAGAUAUCGGUGUUAGCACCAUCCUUGGAUCAGCAGUCUAUAAUCUUCUUGGUAUUUGUGCAGCUUGUGGGCUCUUUUCUAGUGUGGUUUCGAGGCUAUCCUGUUGGCCGCUGUUUAGAGACUGUCUGGCGUAUACAGUUAGUGUAGUGGCGGUCCUUGUGAUGAUAUCUGACAACAGAAUUUACUGGUAUGAAAGUGCUUCCUUAUUAUUUAUAUAUGGAUGUUAUAUUCUGGUACUGUGUUUUGACAUUAAAAUCAAUCAAUACAUCAUGAAGAAGUUCAGUCCCUGCUGUACAUGUUUUGCAAAAGCUAUGGAAGAGGAUGCUGAGCAGCAGCCGCUAGUUGGAUGGAGGGAAGAGAGUGGACCUCUAAUUCGUCAACAGUCAAGAACAGAUAGUGGAAUUUUUCAGGAUGAACUGAACUACUCACAACUUUCAACAAGUUUGCAUGGGCUUGAUGAAAUCUCUGAAGAUCAUCCAAGCGUCUUUACCAUGCCUGAAGCAGAUAUGAAGAGAAUUCUGUGGGUGUUAUCCCUUCCUAUUAUUACACUGCUCUUUUUGACUAUACCAGAUUGCAGAAGACAAUUUUGGAGGAACUGGUUCAUGGUGACAUUUUUAUUUUCAGCAGCAUGGAUUUCUGCAAUGACUUAUGUUCUUGUAUGGAUGAUAACAAUAGCAGGUGAAACACUGGGAGUUCCAGAGUCAAUAAUGGGCCUCACAUUACUAGCAGCAGGAACAAGUGUACCAGAUACAGUUGCAAGUGUGCUGGUGGCUCAAAAAGGAAAUGGAGAUAUGGCUAUGUCUAACAUUGUAGGAUCCAACGUAUUUGAUAUGCUGUGCUUGGGAAUACCCUGGUUUAUAAAAACUGCCUUCAUAAAUACAUCAGGACCCAUAGAAGUGAACAGCAGUGGUUUGACAUACACAGCCAUUUCUCUUAUCUGCUCUGUUGUUUUUAUUUUUCUGGCAGUUCACCUGAACGGCUGGAAAAUAGAUAAAAAAUUGGGAGCAAUCUGUCUUGUACUGUACUUAGUAUUUACUAUAUUAUCAAUUUUAUAUGAACUUGGUAUCAUAGGGAACAAUCCUACAAGGGUCUGUGGUAACUAGUUUUAAUCAGUGAUUAUACUGAAGAAAAAAUAAAAGCAAGAGAGAACGAUCAGUUUCUUCAUUUAGUCAGAAAAAAAAAAAUCCAAAACUCCCACUGGGCUCUAAAUCUUAUUUACAGAACGGAGUCAUGGCAUUAAAGUAAUAUUAAGUAGAACAAAAACAUCACAGCCUACUUGGAGCCCUUUCUUUUAAAGUCAAGAAUUACAGUAUGACUACAAUGCACAUAUAAAACCAAAAUUUUGAAAAAAAGAGACAUCCAAUUUUUACAUUAUAAUGUUGAUACAGGGUAGGGCGGGGGGGAGGAAGAAAAAAAAAUCAGAAA